AUGUGCAGGAUGCCGAUUGAGGCUCUUCCUCAGAACACAGUCCGCGCGAUUGGCUCGACCUCCGUCAUCUCGGAUCCUUAUUCAGUAGUCAAGGAGCUGGUGGACAAUGCCAUUGAUGCGUCUGCCACGUCUUUACAGAUCGAAAUCUCCCAAAACACCGUGGACGUUAUACAGCUCAAGGAUAACGGCCACGGCAUCUCUCCAGAGGACCAGCAAUAUGUUUGCAAGCGUGCCUUUACCAGCAAAAUUCAGACUCUAGAUGAUCUCAAAAAUGUCGGUGGGUCAUCUUUGGGGUUUCGGGGCGAAGCUCUAGCCAGUGUCGCAGAGAUGUCGGGUGUUCUCGCUAUUACCACCCGAGUUGAGUCCGAAGUGACUGGACUGUGUUUGAAAUAUGGAAGGAAUGGAGAGCUUACUGGAACGUCACGGACAUCUCAUUCCGUGGGCACAACUGUCCGUAUCACGGACUUUCUCAAACACAUUCCUGUCCGCAGACAGACCGCCCUGAAGAGUGCUACGCGAACUCUGACGAGGAUUAAAAAGCUUAUCCAGGCGUAUGCUAUUGCUCAACCGUCUAAGAGGCUCUCGGUUAAGGUUUUGAAAGCAAAGAAUGAGAACAACAAUUGGAGCUAUGCACCAAGCAUAGAUCCAUCGCUUUCAGAUGCAGCUCUGAAAGUAGCUGGCACAGAGGUCUCUUCUUCAUGCGUCUUGAAGCGGUUCUACGCGCAGAGCGAGGCUGAAGCUUCAACUGAGAACACAACAUAUGAAGCAGUUGCUUUUCUUCCGAAACCAGAAUUCGAUGCGUCCAAGAUCAACAAUGUAGGGCAAUAUAUCAGUGUGGAUGGCCGCCCUCUAUCCAGCAACAGAGGUAUUGGACAAGAGAUAGUAAAGCUGUUCAAGCCUUAUGUCCGUCUCGCGGCGUCCAAGAAUGGAUCUUCCAAGCCAGUGACCGACCCCUUUCUUUGUUUGCAAAUUCAAUGUCCCAGAGGGACUUACGAUGUCAACAUCGAGCCAGCAAAGGAUGACCUCCUCUUUGAGGAUCGGCAGCUGGUCCUGACCUUGGUUGAGAAUUUGUUUCGCGAUCACUAUGGGGAACUAGAUGCCACGGGGAAGAGGGCCUCCAAGCAGAACAAUGAGACUAUCUCAGGAUGCGAUGAUGCCUCGACUGGGUUUGGGCUUUUGAUGGCUAGAAAGCCAGCAGUGGACCCUGCCACAGAGCCUCUGAUUUGCGAUAACCCCUUUGACGAUGCUCCAGCUCAUACACCUUUACCACAGAGGCCAAUUCGGUCUAGUCAUGGGGUUUCACCCGAUCCUUCUAGCAACGUGAUCCCCGAAAGCUCCAACCAAUCGGCCACUGCUAGGACCAAACGUUCCAGCUUUGUCAAUCCGUGGUCCAUCUCGAAAAUCAAUGCCUCGUUCCAAACGCCCCGACGUGAGCGCAUUCCGCUAAACCUGACAAGUCCGAAUCUCCCUAGUGGCAGCCCUCCGGGGCCCCGAAGGGGCAGUGAUUCAAGAAGCCUCCUUAAUUCACCGAACCUCCCGGACUUGACCAGUCCCCCUACGUCUCAAAUUGCAUCUGAGUCGCCAGUUCAGCGCCGUCGGCAUCAGCCGCAGCCGUCGACUGAUUCCUCUCCUGUGACCAAUCGCAUGUCAAGUUCCCGGCGCGCUGAGAGGGAGCGUGGUCGAGAUCGCUAUGGGAACGGAGCUCUCGAUACUUGGUUCCAAAGGACUACACAAGUCUCGUUGCAACAAACCCCUGCCGAGGAAGCAAUGACUCGAGAACCGUCCGAUACGCCUCUUUCUGUUCUUGCUCAACAACGCUUCGGAGGAUCUGCGGAUGCUUCGCCAAACAGAGGGCAAGUCAAUGGACAGAAUGAUGGUUGUUCAAAUGCUUUGUCUGUAGGUGAUGCUUCACAACACCCUCGACAAGAGUCGCCAGGAAGGGAGCACCAAGAAGAUCACAUUCCCGAGUCAAUUGAUAGUGGCCGAGGGUUUCCUGUCCUUGAAAGGUGGGCCGCACAGCUUCAUGAGGGAUUCGACGGAGAACCUUCUGAUUUGGAGAGAGCACUUGACUUCGAGAGACGGAAGAAAGAGGCCAUUCAGAGCAGUCGUUUACGUUAUAAUCAAGACAUCAGAUCGUCAGGCUCGCAGGCUGUUCCAGUUUCGCCUUCGCCUCAUCGCAGUCGAUACCUUGCCGCUAAAGCUGCGUUGACUUCAUCGCAAACCUCCAUAACCGAGUCAGUCUCUGCGACGACGCUUUCUCAUGAUCCACGGUCGUACCUCAUCCGCCAACACAGAGACAAUUCUGCUGAGGCUUCGACGCAUGGUGACAAGACCCGGAAGAUACCCACAAACCGACUUCCCUUAGAACGGAUACCUGACGGCUCCGAGCUGUAUAACCUUGGCAUAAUCUGCCCGGUUGACUUGUCGGCUGGAUCCAACGUUCUCAAGAGGAAUACGCCAGAAGACCUAUAUCUUGCGGACAACGAAGCUACGGCGUUCUCGGCAUCUGAUCUGGACGCAUGUUUGCCGUUCUGGAACGAGCGGUUGACGCUUAUCAUGACGCAGCGAUACAAGAGCAGAGACGCCUCGAAGCCAAUGAGCAUAAAGCUCGAUCUUGCGGCCGCGAUAUCGCAGCAUUUGAGAAAUAUCGAUACCAAUGGAGGCUAA